AUGAUUUACCUCAUUUACCUUUUGUGGCUCAUCAGCAGCUUAGAUGCAGUCAUGGACCUUACCAUGAUAUCCAAUGGGAACUAUACUGCUCAGAACUUCAUCCUGUCCUGCAUCUCAGGGGAGCGCAACACUGAUGGAUUAAAGCUCAGCAUUGAAAAAGACAACAGCAUCAUGAUUUUGAGCAGUCCUCCCCAAUUUACCGUGAAACAUCCUCGCUCGAGAGAGGUGGAAGCUUCAGGUUUUAGCAAAUUAGACACCAGAGGCAUCUUCUACUGUCACAUGAACCGUGGAUCCAGUCGCCACAGCACUGUUACCCUCAUCAGCAACUACAACAGAGGUCACUUCAGACCCCAGAUGCUUUCGGUUGUGGCUAAUAAAGGAGACACAGUUCAUUUGGUGAUGCAUGUCCUGGGCUCUGAAUCCAGGGACGUCACAUGGAAAUUCAACGGUAAUUACUACCACAUGACUCACUGGUUAGAUGUUGAAAAUCGUACCGCAGUUCUCAGCAUAACGGAUGUUAAACCAAACAAUGCAGGAAUAUACAGUGCAAGCUACGUUGGGGAGAGCUCGUUCUACGGAGCCUGGAUGCAUCUCAUCGUCCGUGCUUGUCCAGAAAACAAAUGGGGAGAAGAUUGUGCCAAGGAAUGCCCUAAGUGUCUUAAUGGUGGUGUUUGUCAUGAUAGAGACGGAGACUGUGUUUGUCCUCCAGGGUUCAUGGGUACACGUUGUGAGACAGCCUGUCGAGAGGGGAUGUUUGGUCGCAACUGCCAGGAAUCGUGUAAGGGAGAGAACGGAUGCAGGGGUUUAACCUUCUGCCUUGUUGAACCUUACGGAUGCUCUUGUGCAAGUGGCUGGCAUGGACAUAACUGUAACAAUCCUUGUCCAGAAGGAAAAUUUGGAGCUGAUUGUCUUCGGAGCUGCAAUUGUCAAAACAAAGGCAAAUGUAGUCGCUUCAGUGGCUGCCAGUGUCCCACCGGUUGGAGGGGACAGCACUGUGAGAAACUAGAUUAUGCUCCUCAGAUUCUGGAUAUGGCCAGCAACAUAGAGUGGAACCUGAACUCCAGCCUGAAGGUCUUUUGCUCAGCCACGGGCCUUCCUCCUCCCAGCCACACCAGCAUCGAGCUGCGCAAGCUGGACAGCACAGUUUUGAAGGCAUCCCACACCAUGAUGGACUCCAACAAAAGCACAGCUCAGUUUGAAAUCCCACGUCUGACCGCUAAGCACGGUGGUGUCUGGGAAUGUCGAGUCUCCACCAGUGGUGGCCAGGACUCCCGCAAGUUCAACCUUACUGUUAAAGAGCCCCCAUAUCCCACCUCACCUCCCAAACUGAUUGAGAAGAACAGCAAACAGCUGAUUGUAAAACCUGUUGAAAACUACAAAGGUGAUGGUCCCAUCGUGUCCACCAAGCUUUUAUACAAGCCCUUGGAGACACAGGAUGCCUGGUCCACUAUUAUAGUGUAUGAUAGUGAGCCCAUUACCCUGAUGAACUUAAAGCCCUCAACAAGGUAUCAGGUUCAAAUGCAGCUCACUCGGCCAGGAGAUGGAGGAGAGGGGCCGGUCGGUCCAGAGGCCAUUAUGGAGACUGACUGUCCAGGUCCGUCAUCCCCACGAAAUGUCCAAGCUGAUCCCUUGUCCAUCAGUGCGGUUCGACUUCACUGGCAGCCCCCCGAGGAUCCAAAUGGAGGAAUUGUUAAAUACGUCAUCGAAUAUAAGCCAGUGGGUCAGAACAGCCUGCACCCAUGGGUGGACACUGAUGAUGGGAAUAAGACCACCAAGGAUGUCACAGCACUGAAUGGAAGCACCUUGUACCAGUUUAGGGUGCGAGCGUUCUCCAAGGUGCCCGGGAAGUGGAGCAAUUUUGUGGAAGCUAGGACCCAAGGAUAUGGUUUUACAAGCUUUACUCCGAACACUCAGGAGGUUGUCCGGCCCAUGAGGGAGGAACAUCAGCUGCUCCUGGCUGUGGCUGGCUCAGUAGCGGCCACUUGUAUCACCAUACUGCUAGCACUGUUGAUCCUCUUCUACAUCCGCAAGUCGAUUGUCAAACGCAGGCGCACAUUUACCUACCAGUCUGGAUCGGGAGAAGAGACCAUUCUACAGUUCAACUCCGGGACUCUCACCCUAACUCGAAGGCCAAAGCCCACCCCUGAACCCCUGACAUACCCGAUCCUAGAGUGGGAGGACAUCAAAUUUGAAGACGUCAUUGGCGAGGGGAAUUUUGGACAGGUCAUUAAAGCCAUGGUCAAAAAAGAUGGCACCAAAAUAAGUGCUGCAGUUAAAAUGCUCAAAGAAUUCGCCUCGGAGAAUGAUCACAGAGACUUUGCGGGUGAACUGGAGGUGUUGUGCAAGCUGGGUCAGCAUCCCAACAUCAUUAACCUCAUAGGAGCUUGUGAAAACAGAGGCUACCUCUACAUUGCUAUCGAAUAUGCUCCCUAUGGAAAUCUUCUAGACUUUCUGAGGAAGAGUCGUGUUUUGGAAACUGACCCAGCAUUUGCUAAAGAACAUGGCACUGCCUCCACACUCACCUCACAACAGCUCCUGCAGUUUGCUGCAGAUGUGGCCACAGGAAUGCAUUACCUGAGUGACAAACAGUUCAUUCACAGAGAUUUGGCUGCCAGGAAUGUGCUGGUUGGUGAAAAUCUAGCAGCCAAAAUAGCAGAUUUUGGAUUGUCAAGAGGGGAGGAGGUGUAUGUCAAAAAAACCAUGGGGAGACUGCCUGUGCGAUGGAUGGCUAUUGAGUCCCUCAAUUACAGCGUCUACACCACAAAAAGUGAUGUGUGGUCGUUUGGGGUCCUCCUGUGGGAGAUCGUAAGUUUAGGUGGAACUCCAUACUGCGGCAUGACGUGUGCUGAGCUCUAUGAAAAGCUUCCUCAAGGAUACAGGAUGGAGAAACCCAGAAACUGUGAUGAUGAAGUGUAUGAGUUGAUGAGACAGUGCUGGCGGGACAGACCAUACGAGCGACCACCGUUCUCUCAAAUCUCGGUUCAGCUGAACAGGAUGCAGGAAGCACGGAAGGCCUACGUCAACAUGGCUCUCUUUGAGAACUUCACCUACGCUGGAAUAGAUGCCACCGCUGAAGAGGCCUGACAACUCGCCCCCCCAGAUUCUGGCAGGUUCCACAGACUAAGAGAGGCGCAGCACAGCAAAGCCGUACGCUACUGCCAACCCCCCGUCGUCCGAUUCCAGCGCUCGAAAAAGUGACGCUCUUCUGGGGUGGCAGGGUGUAAUGAAAAGACUGUGAAAGGACACUUGUAGGGUUACUUGUUGUGUUUCGUUUGGAUUGUGGAUGAUCUCAGUACAUUGAUGCUCAUUCGUCUGGUGAUAUGUACCAGUUGAGUUUCAAUCGGGAUUCAGAUCUGUGCCAUAAAUGUACCUGCUAGAGCCUGUGGGGAUUUGGAGCAAUCAGUAGAUUCAUCAUCCUACUGAAGCACUCAGUUCAUUCUGAGUCACCUUGUGAUGUCAUUAUUCAUUUCAUUCAAAGCAACAGAGAUGCCAAUUUUGAUGUAGCACAUGUGAUGAUGCGAGAAACUCGUUACACUUCAACCGCCGCCGUGUGUAUAAUUGACUUUUUUACUUUUGUGUACAUACAUUUUUUAGAAAACACAUUUUCUGUGUAUUUUUUAGCACUUAUUACAGUGUGAACACUUAUUACACCCCCAAUUUACUCAAGAUGAAGUAACUGUGCCGCUUGCCUUGUCGCAUGCAAUACACACCCAUGUUAAUAAAUGGAUCUCUAUCACUGCCAGCGUGCAGCACAAGGCAAUACAGCGGCCACAUAAACAUGAAGUACAAUUUUACACCUCAAGCCUUAUUGUAGCUUAAGUGAGAAACACAAUAUUCAGUACCUCAUGUUGUAUUGUACAGUUUAGACCCAUAAAUAAUGCAGCACAUUGAUUUUUGUAAUCAUAUGAUAGCCAAGUACAAACUUAAAGAAAGUUCAAACGGCUGUUACAUUGUACAGUUAGUUCUUAUUUUAGCAACAUCUGAUGUCUAAAUGUACAAUAAAUACA